AGGCUCCCUCGUUCGUGGGCAUCGGGCGGUGCAACCAUGCCGACGUGUGCUGGGUCUGCGUUCUAAGGCUGCGCGCUCUAUCGCAGGACUACCGGUGCCCCGUCUGCAAGGAGGAGCUCGAGGACGUGGUCAUCACGAGCGAUGCGUCUCGGUUUCCGAGCCCGGCGAGACUGGCUGAGCUUCCGCGGGACCCGUCGCUCGCCGUCCGCUUCGCCGACGAGGGCAUUCAGAAGGAGGUCAUGCGGCUCUUCGAGUACCGCUGCCGCGUCCAGAAGUGUGCCUCCUCGAGCUGCGCCUUCGGCAGCCUGCGGGAACUAGAGAACCACCUGUGGCACGCGCACUGGCUCCAGUUCUGCAGGACGUGCCUGCACGGCCGGGCGGCCUUCCUGUGCGAGCAGUGCGUGUUCUCCUCCAAGGAUCUCGGCCAGCACGUGCGGGAGGGCUCUGGCGUCCUGGCGGCUGGCGGCGCGCCCCCGGUGCCCCCGCACCCGCUGUGCCAGUUCUGCGACAGGCGCACGUUCGUCGUCGUCGGGCGGCACAUGCACGAGAGGCACCACCUCUGCCAGAUCUGCGCCCAGAUGGGCCGGCGCAACGAGUUCUACGCCAACGUGCGGUGCUUGGCCGCCCACUACGCGGAGGACCACUACGUCUGCGCUCACCCAAACUGCUCUCACAACGGCCACCGCAUCACCGCUUUCGCCACCGAGGAAGACCUGCAACUCCACAUGCUCAAGGAGCACAGAGACAUGACCCACGGCUCCGACCGCGAGCGCAAGGAGCUGAUGCAGAGGGCGCUGCUGGUGGGGCAGCGGUCCUAUGCGGAGGAGCGGGCGGCGGCGCAGAGCUCAGGCGGCGGCAAGGGCGGCGGCAAGGGCGGCAAGGGCGCGAGCGGCACCAACGAGGGCUUUGAGAUCAGGUUCGCCUGGCCUUCCCGCCAGAGCAGAGCGUCCCUCGGCAACAGCGAAGAGGAGGAUUUUGCGAGGGAGCUCGACGAGCGCGAGGCGGCGCGGCGCUACCCCGAGCGCGACGCCCUACAGGACGAGGCGGAGGAGCGAGGCGGUCUCGGAGAGCUGGGGCCGCAAGGCGACGGCGAGGCGGAGGUCCCCGAGGAGGCCGACGAGGAGGGCGACGCGGGCAGCGACGGCGAGGAGGAGGGCGUCCCCCAGGAACGGCGUGCCGGAGAGCAUGCGGGGCAACCUGAGUCCGCAGGCGAGCUGGACCCCGCGGUCGAGGCCCUGCCGCUGGAGGUGACCGUGGCGGCGGUGGGCCGGCAGCCCGGCAUGCGGUGCUGCCUCGACGCCCUGCGGGCCGUCCUCCGGGCCCUGCGCGCCGGCGACGGCGCGGACGACGGCACGCCCGCGGCGCGGCCCGAGCUGCACGCCGCCGUGGCGCGGCUGACUCUGCUCGAUCUCGAGAGUCUGGAGAAGGUCCGGAAGGACCUCGACAGCGGCGCCCGCAGCGAAGAGUGCGACUGGGAGCCGCUGGAGCGGGUGCUGUCGCUGCGCCCGCUGUUCUUCCGACUCCUGCGGUCGAGCCGGGGCGGUGGCGGCGCCCCGCGCGGCAAGAUUGGGCCCUCGGCUGCUGGCAUCGGCCCCAAGUCGGCCGCGCAGCAGGACGACGCCGAUGUCGGUUGGCGCACUUGGCGCGUGGCGGCGCAGGGGGCGAUCCUUGCGAUGGGCCCGAGG